AUGGAAUCGAUGGCAGCGGGAUCUUCAGUCAGUGCAAAUAUGAAGGGCCUCUUGAAAAGGUGUGUGAUUGUGACUGUUAUGUCUUCCAUACCUGUUUUUGCCAUGCAAGAACAUUACCAAAGCUUUAUACAUUACAAUAAUCACACAGGUAUCACAGGUCGUUCCUUUGGCAUAUUCUCGGACUCGGGAUUCAGUGAACGACAAUUGGUGGGAUCCCCAAUUUUUGUGCUUGGACUAGUGGCCACUCUAAUAUCAACCUUGUUUGCCAUGGUGGUUUCCAAUAUAGUCAAUGCCAACAACGGGUCCCUUUUUCCUCAAGCCGCUGAACCUCAGUCAAAUCCUUCACCACCAGCACCACCAUCAAUUGUCAUACGACCAGCAUCAUUGCAGGUAUCCUCCUCCGGAGUGGUCGUCUCUGGGCCUUCCUCAACUCAAACCCAAACAGUUAUUGCCCCAGACUCAAACAAUAUGAACAAUGGAGGUCCAAGCCCUCCAAGUGACCCAGACAACAUGAACAAUGGAAAUCCAAGCCCUCCAAGUGAUCAAGAUAACAUGAACAAUGGAGAUCCAAGCCCUCCAAGUGACCCAGACAACAUGAACAAUGGAGAUCCAAGCCCUCCAAGUGACCAAGAUAACAUGAACAAUGGAGAUCCAAGCCCUCCAAGUGAUUUAGAUAACAUGAACAAUGGAGAUCCAAGCCCUCCAAGUGACCCAGAUAACAUGAACAAUGGAGAUCCAAGCCCUCCAAGUGACCCAGAUAACAUGAACAAUGGAGAUCCAAGCCCUCCAAGUGACCCAGACAACAUGAACAAUGGAGAUCCAAGCCCUCCAGAUGAUUCGGGUGGCAUGGAUAUGGAAGAUCCAAACAACCAGGAGGAACAGGAUACUAUGGAUAUGGAAGAUCCAGAAGUUUUUUCGUGCAUCACAGCAGAAGCCUACAUCAUGUCUAUGAAUUGUGAGAACUUUUGCAAAAGUAUCCCUGGGUCUACCAAAUACAGAGUUACCAAAUUAGACUCACCGCCAACGCCCGCAUGCUUGUGUGUCAAAGAUUGCUACGAAUCCAGUUUGCUCGAUUUUGAUCUCAUACCCCUCACCGAUGUGGCAACUACUCUAGACACCGCCAACAACAAACUAGAUGAGUCUUGCAUUGUGAGAGCGGUGGACAUGGUCUGAAAAGAGAUGGACGGUAUGAUGGGCGCCCUCUUUGUGGAGGCCACUCAAUUGGAGUGUGCCAAUUUCUGCGAGAAUCUCCCCAAUUUCUCAGGAUACGGCAUGUUUCACAAAGACGGCAAUAGUUGCCGAUGCAAAAAAGCCUGCACACCAAUGGCUGAUAGCGAGGCAUCCUCAACUAUCUUGAAAAUUAAAAUGGAGACCGAUUGCCGAAGCUCAGACUUAUGAAACCAACAUAAAUAUAAUCACUUCUCGAGUACCCCUCAUCCAUCCAUGCAUUUAAAAACGUGUCUCGUCUCAUUACCAUCAGUAUCAUCAUGAUAAUAAACCACUUUGUUGGUGUCAACCACAGAGCAAUAUAAAAAUAAAACACCCACCGGCUCCCCGAUUCCACUCAAGUCCCACGGGAGGAUUGAACCAAGCAUGAGUUCUGGCCCGAUGAAGAACUGUAACCCGGCGUGUGCCAACUUAUUCAUGAAGAGAAAGAAGUUUAUCUCUCCAUCAAGUAAAUGAUGCCACCUCUGGUCUCACUAUUAGCAUUCAUCUCCUGCAGGGAAGGGCUCUCUCCGUUGUCCACGAGCGUAUUUUCACUC